GCCGACUGAAACUGGGUUAAGCCCGAGACGAUUCAAAGUCCAACAGGCCAGUAUAUUCGGAAAGGGGCAAAUUGGUAAAAAAGAACGAGGUAUACUAGGGUUUCUCCACCUUAUAUUUGUUGCCCGCCCUAAAACCUUCAGUCACUCCCAUCUGUAAAAGAGAUUCGAGCUAUUUCUGCCGCCGUGCCUAACAGAGAAAUUUGGAGCUUUUUUGAUCAGCGAGCAAGAAGGUGAGCGAAAAAAUGGCGACCAAUUCCGCACCCAAACCGCUUUCGACCAGGCAGGCCGAUAUCCAGAUGAUGUUGGCCGCCGAAGUCCAUCUGGGCACUAAAAACUGUGACUACCAAAUGGAACGUUACGUCUUCAAGCGCCGGAAUGACGGAAUUCACAUCAUUAACCUUGCCAAGACAUGGGAGAAGCUCCAAAUGGCUGCAAGGGCUAUUGUUGCUAUUGAGAACCCUCAGGACAUCAUUGUCCAAUCUGCUAGGCCAUAUGGUCAGAGAGCUGUGUUGAAGUUUGCGCAGUACACUGGUGCUCAUGCUAUUGCCGGUAGACACACUCCUGGUACCUUCACCAAUCAGCUUCAGACUUCAUUCAGCGAGCCUCGUCUCCUCAUCCUCACUGACCCAAGGACUGAUCACCAGCCUAUUAAGGAAGCUGCUCUGGGAAACAUCCCCACCAUCGCAUUUUGCGAUACUGAUUCUCCUAUGCGCUAUGUUGAUAUUGGUAUCCCUGCAAAUAACAAGGGGAAGCACAGUAUUGGAUGUCUCUUUUGGCUCCUGGCAAGGAUGGUGCUGCAAAUGCGUGGUGUGAUCCCUCAGGGCCACAAGUGGGAUGUGAUGGUAAGUUUGUUUACCAAUUUCAUCUAAAUUCCUUCAAGUUUGAAUCAGGAUUUGGAUGCUCUAUUUUCGUUCAUGAAUUUGGGAUUUCGGCUGUUUUUUUUGGGGGGGGGGGUUAAUUUUUGUACAGUUUUGCUUGCAAAUUCACGAGUGUUUGUUUGUUUAUUUUGAUUCCAGGUAUGGUCCACUGAUAGGUUUAUUGUCAUUUUUGCAGGUCGACCUGUUCUUCUACAGGGAGCCUGAGGAGGCUAAAGAACCACAAGAAGAAGAGCAACCUGCUGGCCAAGAUUAUGAUUAUAGUGCUGGUGCUCUCGGAGGUGCGGGAGACUGGGGUACCUCAGCUGCUAUCCCUGACGCAGACUGGCCUGCUGCUGUUCCACCUGCUAUUCCUGCUGCUCCUGGCUGGGAUGCUGGUUAGUUUUCUCAUUAGAUACUUGUGGUUAUUGCAAAUUUGUGUGCACGAACCAUUGAGUUUCUCAUGCUGUAGUGUAUUGAAUUGUGAUAGGUGAUAGUUAAUUAUCUAUGUUACUAUGAGCUGCCUAUGUCAGUAUAGAUGUGAACUGCAAAUUGUUCCAAGUGCUUUUGUAUAUUGUAAACGUAAAUAUCUUGAUAUGGUGUUCUCAUUUGCUCAUUUGCAGCGCCAGUUACAAAUGACGGUUGGGAGCAAGCUGCUGCUCCACAAAUGAUGGUUACCGCCCCUGAUGUAUCACCUGCUCCUGGCUGGGAAUAGAAGAUGUUAGAGAAAUUAUUUACAUUUAAGUCUUGCAAAGUUUGAACAUCUAUAGCUUAUUUUCUUGAACAUGGCUCAGUUAUUUUUGUAGUGGUCUAAUUUGAAGAGUUUUUGCUGAUAGUCUUAAACUGAGUUAAGAGUUGUCUGGAAUCUUUGAUGAUGUUAUCUUAAAAUGUUUAAAUUAAUUUGCUUUAUUGGUGCUUCAUUUUAUAGUUUUUGCUUUCCAGUUUUAUUUGAUAGCCAGUUGGAUGCGAAACUUGGGACUUGUGAUAUGGUUUCUCGGCUAGAAUGAGAAGCUUUAUCAACGUCCAUGUCCAUCCAAGUUUUGAUUGGUGCUGUUUGAGAUGAUUGUAUUCUUCGUUGGUACUACCCAAGCCGUAGUAUUUCAUACUGAUUAGGUUAAGGGGUUAAGGACACUGGGGAUCAAUGAGUUUUAUUCUGGUAUUUUGAAAUGAAAUUCUUUCUCACAAUUGUUGAAGCCA